UAACAUAACUUUAAUUGUAGUGUCGGUGUCUUGUUGUAGAUGAAAUUCCUUUUUUAAUUAGAUAUAAAAUAUAAAAAAUCGUUUAAAUUUUAUAAAUUAUUAUAUUAUUGUAGUACAUAUAAUGUAUUAGGUUUAACAAUAUAAAGCUAAUAUUUUAGCCAAUUACGUGAGUUAAAUGGAUAUUGGGUUGACUGAAGCAAUGAAAAAUAUGGUUCCUAAAGGACUGCCUGCUGAUAUCAAUUCAGCAUACAGUGGUUAUGUGACUGAGAAAUUAUACAUGUUGUUGCAACUCUAUUUGCAGAAUAAAGGAUGGAACAGUAUUGAAUUGUUAAAAAUAUUUUCAGAGAUGAAAGAUUCAUCUGUACUACCUAGUGCUUCCUACUUGCAAAUGAUGGCAUCAAGAGUUUCAUUGGACAGCCAAGCAAGAUUAAUUCUUAGAGAAAAUGGUAAAAUCAUCUUGCCUUAUGAACACUUUGCUAAUGCAGUGAUGUUAAAGCAUAUGAAUGGACCACAUGGAUUACAUCUGGGUGUCGAAGGAACAGUUAGAGCGGUUAUGGAUUCGUAUACUAUUGGUAGGGACAAUUUUGGGAUGGAAAAAGAAUUUAUUAUUGAAGUAGUUCAAAAUUGUCCAAAUCCAGCAUGUCGUUAUUAUAAAAAUCAAUUAGACUUAUCUCAACAUUCUAAACAGCCAAACUAUAUCAGUUCUUCAAGCUCUGGUGUCAAUAUACCUGUUGGUAGAGAAAGUCCCAAUAUUCCUAUGAGUCAAAUCAUAAAUCAUAGUAUGUCUUCUAGCAAUGCUCCUCAAUCACAACAUAUAGCACCAGUUGAUCUAACUGGAUCGUCUCAUCAGAGUGACAUGCAAAAUGCAAUGCCUAUAAAUAUACCUCAAGCUUCAAAAACAGUUAGUGUUAGACAAGCUCAACAUAAUAAAUUGGCAGAUUUUUUAAAAGCUAACUUAGAAAAUUUAGAUAAUAAAGAUCUAUUAGCUGCUCAUGAUACUAAUUGGCCCGAUGUGUCUGAAAACCGUAAAGGUCAUUUAGAUGCUGGACAAGAAAAAAUAAUUAGAGCAUUUUCAGAAAUAAUGAAGAAUAUGGGAAGAAUGAAAGCUUGUGUUAGACCAUCUAUGUGUAAGCCUUAUGGAAAACAAUCAGAAUCUUUACAAAAAACAUUGGUUGAUACAAUUCAGCUUGUACAGUCACUUCGAUCCUAUCUUCCUCCACCACAUAUCGCAGUUAGUAGUUGGAAGAAUGAAGAUAAACACGGUAUGCGAAAAAAUGUGUUGGACAAUUCAAAUCAAACUAUUUCAGCACCUAACUUUAAAGAUCUCUGUGAUGCAAUGACUCGCAAUAAGCAAAACUAAGUUUCUUUUGACUAUCCUUUAAAUAAAUCUUUAAUUUAAAUCAUAUUUGUAAUAACUCUUUAAAAAUUCAAAAUAAUUGUCUAGUCAAAAUCCAACUUUAUUAUUAGGUAGAUACUUUGUAUUUUAAGGAUAUUACAACUUAUUAAAUUAUUUAGGUAAUUUAUUUUUACUUUUUAUUCAAUUUCUUCGAUUUCAAUCUAUUUUCUUUAAAUAAUACGCGUUUUAUUUUUCAUUUGUUCUCUAUUUUUAUAUUCACAUGAACAUUACAUUUAUUAAAUAACUAAAUAUUUAAAACAGACA